AUGGCCGUGCGCCGCUCCAGCCUGCUCUCGGUGGUCGUGCUCGGCAUGGCCGCCACGGCGGUGUUGAUGGGCGCGCAGGCGUUCUGCGGCGGCAAGGCUCCGCAGACUUCGGCGCUGCGCGGCAAGGUGGCCCAGGGCGCCCUCCCGGUGGAGAUGGUGGAUACGGUCGCGGACGCGUCCUCGAUCAUGACCGCGUUGCAGAUCCAGCAGCCGGCUUGGGCGGCCAACCUGGUCCUCGUGAUCAUCCCGAUCUCCAUCCUCAUCAUCAUCUACCUCCAGUCGGAGAAGACGCUGCAGGAGAGGGAUGCCGUCAUCGGCAAGCAGAGGCUGUGA